AUGGCCGAGGAGGAUUCCUUGAGCGCCAUUGGAAGCGCUGGGAGUGCGGGCUGCCUCGGGCUUUUCUUUCGGCGAGCUAGACCGCGGGGUGCCGGCUUGCAAUGGCGCUUGCGUCAUCGCCCUUGAAAGUGUGCAUCGUGGGCUCUGGGAACUGGGGAUCUGCUGUAGCUAGAAUAAUAGGCAAUAAUGUAAAAGCACUACAGACGUUUGCCCCAACAGUGAAGAUGUGGGUUUUUGAAGAAACCAUUAAUGGAAGAAAAUUGACAGAUAUCAUAAAUCAUGACCAUGAAAAUGUGAAAUAUCUCCCUGGAUACAAGCUACCAGAGAAUGUGGUUGCUAUUCCAAACCUGACUGAUGCUGUGCAGGAUGCGGACUUGUUAGUUUUCGUCAUUCCCCACCAGUUCAUUCAAAAAAUCUGCAAUGAGAUCACUGGGCGUGUAGCCAAGAAUGCCAUUGGCAUAACACUCAUUAAGGGAAUAGACGAAGGUCCAGAGGGACUCAGACUCAUUUCUGACAUAAUCCGAGAGAAAAUGGGGAUAGACAUCAGUGUGCUGAUGGGAGCCAACAUUGCCAACGAAGUAGCUGCAGAGAAGUUCUGUGAAACCACAAUAGGCUGUAAAAUUUUGGAGAAUGGCCACCUCUUCAAAGAGCUUCUUCAGACUCCAAACUUCCGCAUAACCGUGGUGGACGAUGCUGAUACAGUGGAGCUUUGUGGUGCUCUUAAGAACAUCGUCGCCGUAGGGGCUGGCUUCUGUGAUGGUCUCCGCUGCGGUGAUAACACCAAAGCAGCUGUCAUCAGACUAGGACUAAUGGAAAUGAUUGCAUUUGCCAAGAUCUUCUGCAAAGGACAGGUGUCUACUGCCACUUUCCUGGAGAGCUGUGGGGUUGCAGAUCUCAUCACAACCUGUUAUGGUGGCCGCAACCGAAGAGUGGCUGAGGCAUUUGUAAAAACAGGAAAGUCUAUUGAAGAAUUGGAGCAGGAGAUGCUGAAUGGCCAAAAGCUUCAAGGACCACAGACCUCUGCAGAGGUGUAUCGUAUCCUCCAACAGAAAGGAUUAGUGGGCAAGUUUCCACUGUUUGCUGCUGUUUAUCAAAUCUGCUAUGAAGGGAAACCUGUCCAAGAGAUGAUCUCCUGUCUCCAGAGUCACCCAGAGCACAUAUAAAGCAUGUUUUACCAUUGUCACAUCUCCUGCCUUCUCAUAUUCAUGUGUGGAUUCAGAUAGUUGUAAUUUACGGUUCCUAGUAAGCUACUCUGGGAAGAGAUCAUAGUUGUAUGAAUGUCUAUGGACUCAUGUAAUGGCGGAGGGUUUCCUUUGAUGUAAUCAUGAACCUCUUAAAACAUUAGCUGACUUUUCUACAGGCUGAAAUGCAGGUGGCUUUCAGAUGCAGGUCAUGCACAACCCCUAAGGAUGCAUCUCUCUUUCGAUGCUUUCUUUUUGUGAAGCGACCCGUCUGGAGCAAGAAUGAGGACCUCUAGGUGCUGGACUGCAGUUCCCAUCAGCCCCAGCUAUUAUGGCCAUUAUUCUAGCGCUGAUGUGGGUCAUAAUCUGACACCAUCUGCAGGGCCACAGGUUCCCCAGCCUUGCUUUAUGGGAUUUGGCUAUGGCCUUCAAUAUAUCUCAUCUUGAGGCUGUUGUGAAUCGGGUUUGCAUGCUUCUUUUUUAGAAAAAUCAACAAUGAUUUUAAAGGCAAUACAUUUAGUAGCAUUUAUUUGGUGAGGGAAUAGCCCUUUGACCUUUUAAGUGGAGAUUUUAAAUGAGAUUUUAAGAAAUGAUUAUUUUUUUUCCAAAGUAAUGUCACUUUUAUCCCCCAUCUGGUUUGUUAUUGGUUUUUUCUCCCUUUCUGAGCCUGUGGUCAGGGUUUUUAUGGCCACGGCUUUGGUGCUUAGCAUCACACCUUUUACACAAAGAAGCAAAACACAACCCAGUGGUUUUGGACAUGCAGGGCCAAAGCUGCAAUUACUCUACCUGCAUUAAGUUUGAGGUGAUGACACGACUGCAUGUGGGAUGUGUGUGUGGGGAGGGGUUGUGUGAAUGCUUUGUUGCAGCACAUGUAUGUGGUAGGACUGUAAGUCACUGCUGCUUGGGUUGGCCCACCUUUUGAAGGAAUGUCCAAGUGAGACUGAGAAUGGAUUCUAGCAGAGGAUUGGGAAGGGUGCCCUUGUGAAUUUUCACUUUAAUUGUUUGUCAGCUUCUGGAAUGGCUAGUAGUGCAAUCCUUUGUGUGUCUACUCACAGGUAUGUCCUGCUGAAUUGAAUGGGACUUACACUCAUGUAAGUCUGCACAGGGUUGCAACUCCAGUGGCAUCACAGUUCCGUCUGUCAGCUUAUACUCCGCCUGGAUCCACUGGCUGGCUUUUGUGGCAUUCCAACACUUGGAGGCUGCAUGAUUGUAGGCAAUCCACUACGGACUGCUCCGAUUCCCACACACUAAGGAAUGUGUUGAGAAUUCCCAUUAGCACAUGAUUGUAUCAUGCAGUGAACUACUUCAGAUUGAUGACUGUGUUUGUUUCAGUGCCUGCUUUGUCAACCACCGUACCUUUUGAACGCUCUUUAAUGGUAUCUCAUUGCCUUCAAAGCUAUUCCUCCUCUAAGCUGCCUUCAUCCUCUGGUGUCUUAAAACAGGACUGGGCAACACGUGUCCAGAAGUCCUCAACGCACACAGACACCCUGCCUAUUUUGCUGUACAGACUACCCCACACCCUUCACCAAAUCUGACACAACAGCAGCAAAAGAAGCAGUGAUUUUGAUUAAAAACAAAGCAGAGGGAAGGCACACGACUUGUUUGCAAGUAGAAUUGUGUCUUUUGCUGCCAUAUGCUGACAUUUUGGCAAUCGAUUUGGCCGCAAGAAGUAGGCAUGUGGCCCCUUAGGGGAAGGGUCCAGGGGCAAUGUGGCUCCCCAAUCCCCCAAAACGCCCACCUCUGCCUUCAGAGAAUUAAAGACUGAAUUUAUAUAGUCUUCGCACAGAUCAGGUUAAAGAGUCUGAUAGAGGGGUUCCUGUGUACUAUGGAAGGAAGAUCCUUGCAUGUUUUGGAAGAUGACUUAUAAUAAUUUAGAUCCAUAGUUACUAAUAUUAGAUAGUCUGGAAAUGAAUGCAACUAUAAUGUAAGAAUGUAAAGUAAUAGACAUUUCUCCUCUGUUGAUUCAGGUGCUCCCUAUUUAUUAAAUUUGUGUCUUUGUAUCUCCUUUCCUUCAAGGAGUGCUCUGUGUUAUAUAGAGUUCUUCUUUCCCUUCUAUCUUUACCUUACAGCAAAACUUUGAGAUAAGUUAGACUGAGACAUAGUGACUGCCUCAAGGAUACCCAAUGAAUUUGACGGCUGGGUGGCUGUGUUUGAACUGUCCAGGUUUGCAGGCAGGUCUGAGGAUUAUACAUUCAUAUAAAGUAUUUGGAAUACAGGUCCAUUUUGAUCUGUGUGCAAGCCAGAAUCCCUUUUUAGUCUAGAGCAGUCCUUUUUUAAACUCGCCUGUCCCAAGUACAUUAUUCCAUUAUAUAGACCAUGCUUAAUCCUUGGUAAUUGGGAUCAUUUCCUGUAUUAUGAUUUACUCUUCAUGCACAAGUGCUCCCAUGAUGGAAAAGUUGUUCAUUUUGUGUAGAUAUGGACCAUGGAGGUCACUGUGGGCAGCGAUUAAACUCACAUGGACUACGUGUAUGUGGAUUCCACACCUCUUUUUCUAUAUGCUGUCUGCAUAAGGGGAAAUAGCAUGAAGCAGCCUUUUGGAGUGAUAGCUGUGCAUAACUUGGGGGGGGGGGUUGUGGCUCUCCAGAUGUCAGACUGUAACUCCCAUCAGCCCUGCCAGCAUGGCUUAGUGCCCAAGGAUAAUGGGAAGUUGUAGUUCUGCAACAUCUGAAGGGCCAGAGGGUUCCCUGCUCCUAGAAACUGGUUUUACCACCAUGAUUGGAUUUCAAAAACUCCAAACAUUUUUUGGCACUCCAGUCAGCAAGAUUUAUGGGAUAUAUUUUUGCCUUAAUCUGAUAGGGUGCAAUCCUCCUAUGCAUGUUUAAACCAAAAUAAGGCAUGCAGCUCCCAGCUGUUUCCCAGACAGCGUAAGCUAAACAUACAUAGGAGGGCGCCUUUAAUUUCACCAUUAUGUUGACUAAUAAAGAUGCUUAAGAUUUGAAAUGAAGGUAGUAAUGUGAGAUUUUGUUUAUAAUCUAAGGAAAGCACCUUUGAUAAAAUAGCUGAUCCAGCCUUUUAUUGGGAAGAGAAAGCACACACUCUUCUUCAUAGGAUAUAAAGUCUGCUAGGUCUUAUGUGAAAUUUUGACCUGCUUUUAAUAGUUAAUAAUCUAGCAUAACGAUGCCUUUUUUAACAUACAGUGUGCACAACCAUUAACUUUUUGUGUAAAAUGUAAAGGGCUGUGUAAAUGUGGUAAGUUAGAUGUACUGUUGAAUCACUUAAAAUGAUUUACUCCAUUUAAUGGAAUUAAGCCUUUUCUUCCUUGUAAAGCCAUUUGGCUUUUGAAUCUGAUGCAUGUAUUACAGAAUGAUUUUUCCAAGAUCCACUCCUUAUUUUUAUUUUUUCAAUAAAACAUAAUAUUCUCUGUUUU